CGGAUAAAGUGACAACUGUUGUAGUUUGAAAAGUCAGAAUAUUCUAAUUUGUAAACAAACAAGUGCUGUUAUUGCAGUAAAUCAGUAGAAUUUAAAUAAAAUGUGGGUUUUCGUAAAACAGUGCUUCCUUUGCGUAAACGUGUUCUUCCAAGUAUUGGCAGUUUUCGCUUCUGGACACGGAAACGCCCAGACCACAUUAUUAUUAGCCAAUUCAAGUCACACCACAUACAGUUUCCAUCAAAUCAGCGAGUGUAAAUAUAAUGAAUUUUAUGAUUUGGACACAUUUUCGUGUGUUGCCUGUGGCAAGGAGGACGAAAACUUGCAAUCAACGCCAGAUAAGUUCUCCUGCGAGUGCGCUGCCAAUUAUGUGACUAUUGCGCUCUACGACACGCAACAACAGAAUCCGUUAUGUGCAGAGAAGUGCUCAGACAUAUUAACCACCGACAAAGAUUGUCAAGUUGUAACAGCUAAUACCAGUAGAACACAUUGUGAAUUGAAAUUAGUUAACUUUACUGACCCCAUCAACGACUUCGCGCUGCGAUCGGUUGCCUCAACGAGGCCAAUCCGCUUAACACCAGCCGUCAUCCACGCGAAUGGUAUUUGUAAUAUUUGCGAUUUGAAAUAUAACUACCGUUAUCUGGAUUACUGUAUUGCGAAUGCGGUGCUCAAGCCAUAUUUGAAAUACAACUCCUUUUGGCAAUCGACCAGCGCUAACGCCGUACACUUCGGCGACUUAAAGUUCGUGGUCUUCUUCUGUUUGGCUCUACGCAAUAACACUGCCUGCAGUCAGCUGGCGAAUCUUUGUAUAAUGUCCCACUACUCGGCGGAUAAAAAUUCACCUUGCAGUGCGUUUCUGCUAACACAAGUCUCCGAUGUGGCCAUCAAGUAUGCCAGCAUGGACGAGCACUUGCAGGCGACGAAGCCGUCGUUGUUCUAUAAAAAAGGCAAAGAGACCGCCAAAAUGCUAACGGAGCCUCUGGGCGUAAGUCCGAAGCAGCUGCAACUUUUCAGCACUGCUUAUCAUUUGGACGGCAGUUUGCGGCGCUGGGGUGCAUUCAAAAUGAGUCACGUCAAUUUAUGCCAAAUGCAUGCUCAAAGCGAUGCCGCCGAUUGGAAACCGCAACAGGAAAUACAAUUUGCACGCUUCAGCAAACCGAUUCGCUGCGAAUUGACUGUGGAGAAUCUGAUUGAUUUGGCUAAAAUAUACGCAAAUAAUAACUUUUUGAGUCUAUUUUUGAAUAUUUCGCGUGAAAUGAGUCCCGAUGUGAAAAGAGUUAGUUUGCAAGCGCUGCCGAUAUUAAUUGAGGACAUAACACCUGAGAAUUUGCGUGCUCCAGCGGCAGAGUGGCAAUUGGUGAAACGGUUCCAGCUAAUCGCAGCCCAACCUCGACAUGGCCGACUCCAUGAUCAGCAGUCGAAAUAUGAAGACGACUUUAAGCUCUCGCUUUACCGCAGCAUUAGAUAUGUGGAGUCCUUCGAAAUGUAUUACGAAAUUCAUGAUCGCAAUCAGAUUGGUAUACCGCUAGUGAAGCUGCGCUAUCGGCAUGUUGACUUGAGCGCCAAUGCAACACUGAAUGCUGUGCAUCCAUUUAAAUUGCAAAUCACUUUUGAGCGCAUCGGAGAGGCCACACAAAGAAAGUUCAUCUUUGAAGUGAUGCUGCCGGCCUUUUUAUUCAUCGCAUUAACGAUGGCUAUGCUGCAAAUGCUUAACUAUAGGAAACGCCAUAACACAUUAACAACAACAAUAGCUGCGACAACUGAAUGCUGCGCACCAUCCUCUUGCUUGCUGGAAUUCCUGGUGCACUUCAGCUCUUACGCGGCGAAUGCAGCACUGUUGUGCUUUGUACUCUACAUUCUCGUCUAUCCAGUGCAAUUUCUCACACAGCGCUCCGUUGCGAUCACAUUGCCAAUCAUUAAAGACGAUCAACGCUCAUUGGAAAUUCUAAUUUAUGCAGCCGUUCUUUUGAAGUUGAUAUUUAUUUGCGUGCAUUUUUGGCGAAUCAGCCACUUUGAUCUGUUUCUCAUUGACUGGGAGCGUCCGCGUAGUUGUGAGGCUAAUCACUUCACUUUGAAGAAUAAUCUGGAGACGUCAUCCAUGUGCUCUAGUGUGCGCACAUUUGCCACCGAAAAUAUUUCGUCGUGGCGCAUAAUUUUUAUAGCAAAUGAAUGGAUACGUUUGAGUGCGAAGCAGAAACAUUCCGCAGCCUGGCAGGGUCUAUUGGUACUCCCAUUGGUUCAGGUUUUCUUGACAGCUCGUUGGAUCCACCAAGACCUUGCGCUACAGUUGUUCUUCAUUGUUACUAUCAGCCUACUGAUCUACAUCAUUCAACUGCUACUGUGCAGUUUUGUUUUUAAUCGCAUUUUUGGUGAUCCUCUGCAAAAGUUCAUCGAUCUCUGUUCGUUGUCCAAUAUUUCUGUUUUCAUGCUAUUGGAGCAAAGCUUUGGGUUCUAUAUACAUGGCAGAUCGCCUAAUGGUUUUGCAGAUACUGACAUGUACUCCAUGCUGGCGCAGAUGCAUCGAAACUCACAGCAUCGCUGCAGUCGCAAAGGUUUAUUGGGCGAUUCGGAUCAGCAGAGUUAUAUAAUUUUGCCACCUUUGAAUUUACGAAUUUACUUUGAGAAGCUGCUGGCGCCUUAUCAACGCUCCUAUAGCAUAUCCCAAGCACAUUUUCAGAAAGAAAUCAAUACGAUCGAUGCGGCAAUGGAACGCAGCUCAGCGACUUUCAAUAAUCUAAAUCGCUUUCUGUGCGCUUUCAUAGAUCACGUAAGUGGAAAUAACGGUAGCAAAAGCGUUCGUACCAUUGUUAACGACUAUAGGAUGCGCUUUCAUUGCUUACAGGCUAUCAAGGAUAUGGAUUAUAUAAUAAAGGAGAAAACUUUCAUUGAGAAGUUCUUAAACUGCGAAUGUGAUAAUUAUUUAACGGAAAAUAAGGGUACAUUCUAUAUAGAUAAUGCAAAAUCGUUUGACCAGUUACUGCUAUACGGCAACAGUUUAAAUAUCUUCAUAAUGGAAUUGGCCUUGCUCUUAGCGCUUUAUAUGCUGACAAAUAAUCUAAUAACAGCUGUGGCAAUCGUUUAUAUACUCAAUAAGCUGCUCCAACAUAUCUACAUAAAUUGGCUACGUCAAAAUGUAACAACGAAGACUUCCAUUGAUCAACGCUUUCUAAUGUAAAGAAAAUGGUGCUUUGCCACAAAAUUACUUAUAAAAAAACGCAACUUUAGGGCAAUGCUUGUUGUACAAUUAGCAGAAAUAUUAUUAAAUUAUGUAUAUUUUGUUGGAACCUAACGAACGCGCGAUAAUCACCGCAGAAGAGUCAAACUACAGUUAUUGUUUUACAUUAAAUAUUCAGUUGUUUAUUAAUUCAUAUCUUUUUGCUUAGAAAUAGUGCAGUAGACAUUAGAUUUCAUAACAUAUCUCACAUGCAUACGCACACAAACAUAUGCAUGCAUAUGUAUUGCCUAAACUAGACCACCAUCUUCUCAUCAUAGUAAUCAACACUUCGCUUCUCAUUAGCAUCACUACUUUGCCAAUGUUUAUAAAUUAUAGGUUAACCUAUCUCUACGAUAAAAUCUACAAAGUUUAGUUAAUCAA